AUGUUCAAGUCACUUUUUUCAUGAUUUAAGAAGCAAGCAAAUACUGAUUUAAGGGAUUCGUACAGAAGAAGGGAACCCUCCAUUCUAGAUGAAAACGACGUUGUUGAUAUCUAUGAAUCAAAAGAGAUCAAUCAAAGUUUUCAAAACAAGAAAUCUAACGAAGAGAUCAGAAUAGUUGCUUUCGGGCAAAUAGCAGAUUAUUUUGAGAAAUCUAAGCUUCCAAAAGGGCUUCCAAAGGAUAAUCAUUCUCGAAAAGUAGCUAGGAUCGGUCUUGGGGUCCAUCAUGCUGUGUUCCUCUUCUAUAGCUACCAGAUAGCCACGGUUGGGAAGAAUGAUAGAGGCCAGCUUGGCUUUCCUAUUAGUGAUAUAGAUUCAGAGAACAUCUACAAGGACCUCAAGAUUAUUGAUAUUGAGAAGUUUAAGGAUGAAAAUAAGAGAAUCAUUGAUGUGGCAGCUGGGUCUUAUCAUACUGUCCUCCUCACAGAACCGAUCAACCAAGAAGAGAGUAAGGAAGGGGAGGUUAGAGAGGUAUACGUCAUGGGUGACAGGAACAUGCUUGGAAAAUUUGAGUCUCAAGACUCCUCAGAACCUGUCCUAAUCACUAUUCCAAGGCUUGAGCAGGAUCCAAGCCUUCGUAUUAAAUAUAUCUACUCAAGGAACGAGAAAUGAGUUGUUAUGGAUACAGGUCAUGGGAUGACAAUUUGGGGGAGAGACUUUAAUGGAUUCUUCCAAAGGGAGCCCUCCCUCUUUUGACAGUUUAAAUAUCCAGUCAAGAUUGCACUUGGCACUAAGCACGGGCUUGCAACUGAUGAGAACAAGAAGCUUUAUGUUUGGGGAGAUGGCACCUAUGGAGAGCUUGGGAGGGAUCCGGAGACAGAAGAAGUUACAGUUGAAGCACCAGUUAAGCAUGCUUAUUUUGAUAAUAAAGAUAUCAAAGUGCAUUCUAUCAGUGUUGGAAACCGCCACUCUGUAGUUGUUGAUACUGAAGGAAAGAUGUACUCCUUUGGAGAUAACUCCAAAGGACAGCUUGCAACUUAUGAAGAGAGACAGGAUACUCCUAAUCAAAUAGAUACAGGUUUCGAAGCUAUGGCUGUGUUUAGUGGGCAAAGCCAUAAUUUGGUUAAAACAAAAGAUGGUCGAAUUUUCACUUGGGGUGGCGACUCAAAAUUACAGACAACAGGGAAUAAGAGCGGAACUUUCUUAAAAUAUAUGUAUGAAUUUAAAGGAAAGAAGACCUCUAAUAUUCAAACAGCCCAUGAUAAUACAAUUGUGAUCUCUCAUUUGAAGGUAUAUAAAGAGCCAAAUGUAUAA